AUGGAAGGAGGAGGAGGAAGCUUUGGGCAUGUGAAUUUCCAUAAUCACCCUUCUCAUCCAUUUCUACCAUCACCCAUAGAUAGGUUCUUGUGGAAUCAUCAACAAGCCCUAAAUGUGGAAGAUGAAGGCCAAAUUUGUCCCCCAGAGAAUGGGGUUUAUGAUUUUCCUCCACCUGCUUCUUCUCUUCAUGGCCAUGCACCCUCUUGGCCAAGCCUCCCAGAAGCAAGCUUUGUAGAUGCUCAUCAUGGCCAAACUAUCAGACAAGAACUCAGAUCACUCAUCAAUGAUGCUAAAGUAGUAGAUGCUGGAAAAAGGGCUAAUAUUGAUCAUGGUUCAGGCUCCUCUUCUUCUUCAACCCUAAUCAAGGGUCAGUGGAGUGAAGAAGAAGACAGGAUUUUGAUGAGGUUGGUUAAGCAGUUUGGGAUGAGAAAAUGGUCGCAGAUUGCCGAGAACAUGGUCGGUCGAGCCGGAAAACAAUGUCGUGAGAGGUGGCACAAUCAUUUGCGUCCUGAUAUUAAGAAAGAUGGAUGGAGUGAGGAAGAAGAGAGGUUGUUAGUGGAGGAACACGAGAAGCUUGGGAACAAAUGGGCUGAGAUCGCGAAAAGGAUCCCCGGAAGGACCGAAAACGCGAUCAAGAAUCAUUGGAACGCCACCAAAAGAAGGCAGAAUUCCAGGAGAAAGUGCAAUAAUAAUAACAGGAAACAAAACAACAAUAAUGGAAAAGGUGUUGUUUCUGCAUCGUCCAAGAAAACUAGAUCCACCGUCCUUCAAGAUUACAUUAUCGCAAAGUGUUUCAACGUCGUCGUCGACACUCCUCCUCCUCCCUCCGGCGGAAUAAUCAAUAGUGUUUCAGAGGACCCUUCGAUCCAAUUUGGCUCCGACGGCGCCGGCGGCUCUUCUGCCUCCUUGCUCACUCACCCCACCACACACGACGAGGAGAUGAACUUCAUGGAAGCCUUGUUUGGGAAAACCACUCCCAAGACUAAUAACAACGUUGUCAACACUACUACUACUCCACUGCAACGUUGUCCUGAUCGCUGCCUGUCAAACUUUUUGGAUGGGCCCACACCUCCUUCUUCAUCUUCAUCUAACGGCGGGGAGCUCUUUGUGCGUAGUUAUCAUGGCGGACGAAGGAAUAAUGCAUCCAAGGAUAUUGAUCUAAUGGAGUUGGUCUUUCCUUCUUCUCAUCAUUAA